GACCGAGCGGUACCAGGAUGCUUGUUGGCUGUCCUGGCUCUGGCUCUCCGAUCCUUCCCCUCCCUUCCCCUCCUCACUCCAUUAAUCUCCUGAGUAUAAGAAACACCAAUCACCACCACCGGCUGCCUUCGAGCAACGGCCUCUUCAACAGAAGAACCCUCCCUUGCUCUCUUACCCACUUCGGCCGUCCCUUCCGAUCUUUCGCCGCAUCACCAACGGCCAUGGACGGCAAAGAGAGGGGCGAGAAGGAAGCGGCCGCCGCCAUGAAGCUCCUCUUCGUCGAGAUGGGAGUCGGCUACGAUCAGCACGGGCAAGACGUCACCGCCGCGGCUAUGCGGGCUUGCAGGGACGCCAUCUCCUCCAACUCCAUUCCAGCCUUUCGACGAGGGUCGAUACCGGGAGUCAAUUCUGAUCAGAUGAAGCUUCAGAUCAAGUUAGGGGUGCCUCGAUCCACCCAGCAUUUGCUUGAUAUAGAGCGAGUGAAAUCUGUCUUUCCUUAUGGUCAAAUUAUUAAUUUUGAGGUCGUUGAUGGAGGGAUGAUAUGCUCAAGUGGUGUCUGUCUCGAAGCAAUGGGAGAUAAAAAUGAUGACUGCUAUGUUGUCAAUGCUGCAGUGUAUGUAGGUUAUUGAAUGUAGGUUAUUGAUAUCUCGAUAUAUCUUUUCUUCUGAAAACAUUUAUUGUUUUGUUCUUAAUACCGUCCUUUCCUCAUUGGAAGCUUUUGCAUUUUCAUGUUAUGAUACACUAUUAAGAGCUAAUAGAGUGAUUAUCAAUAAUGUUAAUCUUCUUUUUUAUUCCA